GUUCAUCGAUUAGAAUUAGAAAACAAAACCAUCGAACCUUUCCGACGGGAUAUUCAUCCGAUCCCAUGUACAUCUUCUGGUGUAGUCUCCAAAAACGAUGAAUCCUUAUGGAGCUUGCCGAUCUACAUAGGAGGCGCUUCUCUCAUGCCGUUCUAUCGCCAUGUUGUAAAAGACUUUGCUUUAGAAAAUGUGGUUUAUCUUGAGUUACGAACAACUUCAAAGAGAAACGAUUCGAUAGGUAUGAGUAAACGUUCUUACAUGGAAGCUGUAAUAGAAGAUCUGAGAUCUGUCAGUGAAGUGGAUGUUGAUUUUGUUAAGGAAUUUAAUUCUCAAAAACUACACAAUGCGUGUGAUAUAGUUCGAAGGAAGAAGAUUUAUGUUAGGCUUCUUCUUAGCAUUGACCGUAGAGAAACAACAGAGUCUGCAAUGGAAACUGUUAAGCUUGCGUUGGAAAUGAGAAAUGAAGGUGUUGUUGUUGGUAUUGAUGUUUCUGGGAAUCCUCUUGUUGGAGAAUGGUAAUUUUGUUUGUAAAAUUCCUUACUUCAUGUUCAUCCUUUUGCUUCUGUUUUUAUAAGUUGCUUCUGAGAUCUUUCAUGUUCUUGUAGGAGCACUUUCUUGCCUGCGUUACAAUAAGCUAAAGACAAUGAUCUUUACAUCACUCUUCACUGUGGAGAGGUGCCCAAUUCAAAGAGAUCCAAGCCAUGCUUGAUUUCAAACCGCAUCGAAUCGGCCAUGCCUGUUUCUUUGAAGAUGAAGAUUGGGAAAAGUUGAAAUCUUUCCGGAUUUCGGUUGAAAUAUCUCUUACAUCCAACAUUAUAACCAAGUCGAUAUCUUCAAUCGUUAUACACCAUUUUGCUGAUCUCUACAAUGCAAAACAUCCAUUGAUUCUAUGCACUAAUGAUUUUGGAGUUUUCUCCACUAGCCUCACCAAUGAGUAUUCUCUCGCUGUUCGUUCCUUUGGUCUUAGUAAGAGAGAAGCCUUUACAUUGGCAAGAUCCGCCAUACACGCAACGUUUGCAGACGAUGAAGUCAAGCAACAACUCAUGUUGAUUUUUGAUUCAGCCUCUCCAGAGUAUGUUUAGUGCUCAGCUUUUCCAGGUUUAGUUGAUUUGGUUGGUUUAAAUAUCAAACCAGACCAAAUGUGUUUUGGUUCUGUGGUCUGUUUCGAAUUAAUCAUUCAUCUCGAAUUUCGAUUUUACUACUAAUACUACCAUUUUUAUCAAAGAAAAUUUGAUUACCGUGUUUAUUUCCAACACCAAACUGAACAAACCGAAAACAUUCUACGGACCAUAUAAGAUUAAAAGUUAAUCAAAUUUUUUAUGCUAUA